AUGGAUGAUGAAGAUUUUGGUGAAUUCGGCAUUGCACCAAGACGUAUUCGACCGACUCAUGAAUUUGAUGACACUCAUGUACGUGAUACAUUACAAAUAGCAUUAGGUGAACAAUCUGUAAUUCCUCAAGCUGGUUCACUUUUGAAAGGAUUAAUUGUGGCUACCAGGGGAACAUUGGCUGAAAGGUUAUUGCGGCGUCUUGGAUGGAAGAAUGCUAAUUCAAUUAUACUGAAUGAUGAUAGUGUAGAAGAUGCGGAUCAAAAUAAAUUUCCAAACGAAGCAGAAUCUAUCACAGGCACUGAUGAAAGUUUUAGCGAAUCGAAAAAUUCAAGCUCUAAAAUGUUCGCUAAAAUUAGUUUUGUGGCUAAAACUAAUACAUUUGGUUUGGGCUACUCUCCAUUGGAUCCGGAAAUUGCUAUGGGUCGACGUAAAGCUGACUCAAGCAAUGCUGAGAAUAUUUGGUCAAACAGACAUCCAGAAGAAUCUGUCAGUGCAUUGUUACACAGACAACAGAAAAUCCGCAGCGAAAAUGAAUUCGAUCUUAAAAGUGGAUUAAAACGUCGUGGUAUAACCGGGCAUGCUUUUGGUGUUGGCGCUUUAGAAGAAGAAGAUGCUGAUGUGUACGAACAAGAUCGUUUAGCAGAGUACGAUUGGGAAAUUGGGGAUGGUGAAUCAAAUGAUGACGAAGAAGAAGAUGAAGAACAAGCUGAAAUUGAAGCUGCAAGGCUUGGACGUUUGUCAUCUACACUGACAAAAAAGUCAAAGAAUAAUUCUACUGAACGUACUAAAACUAUUGACGGGUGGACUGCUCCUUCACAACAUCGUGCAUCUCAAAAAUUGAAUAAAUCAUCGUCAGAUGCUUUGCCUGGAUUUUGUAGUGAAUCAAGAAGUCAUGACAAAGUGAAAAUUCAUUCAACUGAAGUGUCAUUACCUCCAGGCUAUAUUCCGGUCUUUAAUCCACGGUGCUUAUUAGCUUGUGAUAAUAAACAAAGUAUUUCAUCUAGUGAAUCGAAUCAUGUUCAUACCAAACAUGAUGCUCUGUCACGAGCUCGUCUUCUCCAAGAAGAUUCAGUUUAUGAAAAGUUAGAUCCUAUUCAACAACUUCGUUUAAAAGCUGCAGCAGCAGGACUUCCUGUUCCAUCUCUAGUGUCCAAAUCUUUGCCGAAUGAACAACACAUAGAACCAUGUGAAAAUGCCAAUGAACUAGCCGUUCUUACUAUGUCUAAUAAUCCAACUGUUGGUUUGUUGAAACUUUUCAAAACGGAUAGUAAUAAACAAGCACGAUUUGAAGCUUAUCAAGUGCUUGUUCGUCGAGGAUUUUCGCAUGAAGAUGCUUAUCAUCGUUGUUCAACUCUAUUGGAUUUAAAUGAUGAAGAGAAAAUCCGUGAAGCUAAUUCAUUUCAAACUAUUAUUAAGAUGAAUCAAAUGAUAAAUACCAAUAAUUCGUCACAAAUCAAUGUAAAUAAUAAUAAUAAUGAUAAUGAUAAUACAAUGAUUUGUGAAGCGCCAACAUUAACAACGACCAACACUACCACUACCAUCACCACUCCGACAACUAUUCCAUCUUCUCAUUCAUCCGAUCGAUCAUUAUUAUUACCAUUAUCAAAUAAAUUACCAUUGCAUAAACAACAAUUAAUUUCAUCGAAAUUAGCGUUACGAUUUCGUUCUGCUGGUUGUAUGGAUAUUAGUAAAGAAUUAACGGAAGAAGAAGAGAAAGCUCAACGUGCACGUGUUGAAAGUUUAGAUACAAUGGAACCACGUGAUCAUGCUGUUGCAACAGAAUCAUAUGGAGCGUUAACUAGACGACGUUUAAAAUGGCAUCCAGAGAAAAUUUUAUGUAAACGUAUCAAUGUUCCUGAUCCAUAUCCUGAUUCCACUUUUGUUGGUUGUCCAGAUGAAAGACGUCCUAGUUAUCGUUUUCGUCAAAAGUUUGGUAAACAUGGAAAAAGUCGAUUCUCCGACAAUUCUACGACAAAUGAAUUUUCUAUUUUUGAUCUAUUAGAUGUAAAUACUACUAGUUCAAUGCAAAAAUUAAAUUCUUCAAAUAUUACUAGUACUGGACAACAAUCAAGUGAUGAAUCUAGCUCUUCUGAUAGUGACAACAAUAAUGAUAUUUCUAAUACUAUAUCAGAACUUCAGGCUAAUAGUGCACUUAAUCGAACUGGCAUGACUGGUACAACAUUUCAGUCUCGUGGAAAAGCUUUAUUUGCUACUUUAUUCCAAUCGAUAGAGGACAGUAAAACCACUGAAACUACAGAUAGUGUUCAAGGCAAUAGUGGUAAUAAUGAUAGUUUGUAUGAAAAAGUUCAACCAUCAGAUAAAAUUUCUUCUCAUACGACUAAUGAGACAGAGAAUGAAUCAACUACACGGAUUAUGGGUCCUGCACGUCCAAAAGCGGGAAUAGAUGUUCUUACUGAUCAAACAGAACAUCCCCCGAUGGAUUUGUUCAAAUCAAUAUUUGCAUCUGAUGAAGAAUUGAGUUCAUCUUCAUUAUCAGACGAUGAUCAUGCUGAUGAUGUUGAUAACAAUAAUAAUAAUAAUAUUAAUAACAACAGCAAUAAAAAUCUCAUAAAAGAUAAUUUAACUGUACCAACAAGAGUCAGUGAAUCCGAACCUCUUGAAAUGUCCAAUGAUCAUCAUCAUGAUUUAUUCAAAGGACAUGCAUUAUUUUCACAUCUAUUUGAACCGAAUGGAGAUAUUCAUGGACCAUUGUCCGGUUUAACACGAAUAACCAGUAAACAACCUGAAACAGUAUCCACAGUUGUUCGUACAUCGUCACAGAAGAUUGUCAAUCCAGAUUUAUUAUCAUAUGGACCAGAUUUACCACCGGAUUUCACCCCUACAUCUGAUAAAACUGAUUCGAUUUCUUUGACAAAAGACCAAAAAGUAACAUCAUGUUCUAAUCAGUCAGAUGAUAUUUUAUUUGUGGAAUCUCAUCUUGUUAAUCGUGGUUCGGUGAAACAUAAAAAAUCCAAGAGCACUAAAAGAAAACAUAAAAAAUCACACAAAAAACGACAUAAGAAGGAUAAGAAAAUUUCUCGUAAAACAUCAAUCUCUUCUUCUGGCUCUUCGAACUCAGGUUCUUCUGAUAGUUGUGAUUAACAUUUCACCAUUGUCCAAUUUGUAUAUAAAUGACUUUUUUUGCAACUUUUGGCUACUACUACUACUACUCCUACUGUCAUCACAAUAUUUUCUUGGUAAUCUUCGCUUUCUUUUUCCGGGCAUAGAAAAUUCUGGCUAUCCUUCUGCGCCCACAUAAUAAACUUGUGUAUAUUCCUCUUGAAACAAACACUUUUAUCUUUAAUUCAAUUUUCGUUCAUUAUUUUGCACCGGAAGAUUUAUACAGUUUUUUUGAUUACACCGCUUGUAUGUGUAUAGAGAUGAGAUUUUGGCGAGUGAAAUGAUAGAUGAUUUUAUACUAAGUGGAUAAAGAAAAGAGAUAGUUUUAUUCGUCAAAACCAAUAUAUUCUAGUUUGUGCAAUUUUAAUUGUGUGUUUUUCCUAAUAUCCAUUCUUCUCUACCGCAAUACUCUGGAUGAAUAACUUGUUGAAAUUCUUUGGGAUAAUCUCUGUUUAUACAUAAUAAAUAAAGUACAGAUAUAAAUCAACUUGAAAAAUAUCACAAAU